ACACCUUACCAGAUUUUUAAACGAUGUAAGUUACAUUAAUUACUUGAUACUGGAACGUAAGUUUGACCGAGCGCCGUAUCUCAACCAUUGAUGUGAUAAAUAUAUAGCGGUACUGGUUAUCAACGUUUGGGUAAAUAUUCUAGAUCGGGCGAGUGAAGAAUAUACCGUUUUUCAGCGCGAACAAACAGCGAUUGAGUUGCGAUACAAAAGGCAGACAAUAUGCAGUUCGGAAAUAACAAAAAUUCAAAAGGAGUCACGUCUGUGUGAAAGGGGUUUCGCGAUUGAAUGAAUUUGUGAGGUUUCCUGUCAAACGUGGUUUAAUCAUAUUCAAUCUGAUUUCUCCCGGUGUACAAGUUUGGUUGUGAAGGAGGGAGGGAAAAGAAAACAAACAUUUGCGCAUGUGAGACGGAAAUCGGGCCACAAAGAGGAUACAGUUUUUAUCGGCGAAUAUAUGUCUUCUCGCAUCAUCUUAACAGCAUCAUACUGACACGAUGUAAAGAAGAUGAUUUUUGUCAUUUGAAAUUUUAUUACUUUUAAGAUGAUGGAUUAGAACUGGUGCCAAGAAAUACAGAAGAUGGGGUGUGGUAAUUCUAAAGACACUGUAAAUACAAACGCCCAUGGAAAAGGGAAGGUUGGUUCGGAUAAAAAUGGAAAUAUUAAGAAUUCACAGGAUUUCAAAUCUGUAUCAGAGAGUAAUGACGUCAUGUCCUCUGAACAGCAACGCAAAAUAGAUGACCAAAGCGAUGAGAAAUCAAAGGGCGGAAAAGGAAGAGGUCAUGGGGCUAAAACUCCAAGAGAACCAAAGGAGCCAAGGGAACCAGUCAACGAAAAAGGUUAUAAGGGAAAACCACAGAAGGAAAUAGGAUACCUGAAGCGGAUCCGGCAACACCUGAGGGAGGCAGCGACAGGGUCCGACAUUGAGGAGCUGGAGCAGGCCGUCCUUAUCUUUGAGAAGAAUAAACUGGAGGACAAUGGCGACCGCACUGACGCAUUGGAGAGGCUGAAGUUCCUCUACCUCAGGAAAGAACUUCGGGACGCAAUACUACGUCGACAUCCGGAGGUGUUGGACAGAGCUAUCUCCCGAGUGGAGAGCUCCGACUACCGGUCCGAGCUUAGUCAUUCCCUGGAAUCCGCAAAGCGUCUGCGCGAGCACCUAACGGAACUAGAUCAGUACCGCCAUGAUAUCCUCACUAUGGACCAAUUAACGAUCUCCGAAAUACGAAGUUACCACCACCCGCCAGAUGGCGUUCAUGAGAUCAUGAUGGGGACAUACAUGUUGCUAGGAUAUGAGGAAGAAAAAUUAAAGGACUGGACUGAUGUUCAAUGCCUGCUUGGUCGAUAUGGGAAAGAAAGUUUAAUCAGAGAAGUGCGAAAUGCCGAUACCAUCAACAUUAACUCCAAAACAAGUCAAAGAGUCUUAAACAUGCAAUCGAAAUUCUCUCUAGAACAAAUUCGAAGCGUGAGCAACGGAGCAGCGACUUUCUAUGUUUGGAAUGACAAGAUGGCGAAUAAGUCGGACAAAGACAGGCAGGAGCCGCAGACGAGUCAGACUCCCACCCCUGGAAAACAGAGCGGAAAGAACACCCCCGCACCCGGAGACAGCAAACAAAACAAGCCCAACUCAAAUAAACCACAAUCUAAUUCCAAGGAAAAGCAGCCACCCAAAGGUCAACAACCGCCUAAGGCCAACAAGCAGACAAACUCUAAUCCUAAGGACAAAAACCCGUCACAGCCUAAACCAAAGGAUCAGAAUAAAGCUAAUGAUAAGCCAAAGGACAAAAAGCCAGCACAACAGCCUGCGAAGGAUAAAAACCCAGUGCAACCUAACGCUAAGGAUAAAAAUCCGACGCAACCUAAUAAUCCAGCGCAACCUAAUGCAAAGGACAAAAAUCUGAACCCACAAGGUUCAUCUGACCCUGAUACGAAAAAUAAAACCGCUGCGCAACCAGUGCAGCCUAACUCUAAGAACAAAACUCCAACUCAGCCUAAUGCAAAGGAUGCUAAUAAGAUUCAGUCAAGUAAACAGACGGAACAGACCAAGACUAACGUGAACACCGCCAACCAAAAGAACCAAGUUCAACAGAACUCAAACCCUACUAGUUCUACCAUUACACAACCGAAUACAAAGUCAAAAUCAGACGCACAACAAGCCACAACAGACAGGAAGAAAACCAAGGGCUGAAAACGUGCUGGCAACUCUGAUCGACGCAAAUUCGCCGUAAUGAUAUAUGUCUUUGGACAUUGUAAGAAGUAAACGCUGAUAGAAUUGCACACUAAUUAAACCAUUAGGAACUACAAAAUUCACGCAAAUUUAGUCAAUCACGUCAUAAUCUACCUGUGGGUGCGCAAUAUUCAAUGGAUCUUUACAAUACGUUUCACAAGCUGGUGCUUUUUCGGCGUUCGAAAUUCACAUUUACAUGUAGUGUGAUCAGGGACUUGAAAGCUGUCCAAUAAAUUUGGACUGACUUAUAAAAUAAUAUGAUAAAGUAUAACAUAAUUCACAACAGCACAAGAGCAAGCACGCUAUAUCAGCUAAGAAGUACACUUAGACUUGAACAUAAUUUAUACACUCACACUUAAUCUCUCUGGUGCCCUAUUAGUAUGAUGUCAUGUGUCUUGUGACGCCAUUGAUAGAUACUCAACUACGUCUAUAGGCUUACAACCCUAAAACAGUCUGUGAUAUUCUGUAAAUAGCACUUGUUAUUUAUGAUUUUUUGCCUCUGAUUUGGUGUAUUUGGAAUAUAUGUCAAUUAAAAAGUUUAUAAUUAAAUGAAUGUAUAAUUGAA